AAUUACACACUUGUUCACGACAAAAUGGACCGGUACAACUUUAGCGCUAGCAAUCCCGGGUGAUGUUAGCUCGGUGUUAGUGUAUAAAUGGUGAAAAGUUUGAGGUUCGAGUGGGAGGUCCCGAGCGCUGAUUGGCUGGCGGGGGCCUCGAGCUGCUCCUCGACCAAUGAGGACGAGGCGCUGCUGAGUUCCUUUCACCCAGCGCCAUAUUAAGUGACACCUGCAGCCUCCCGUACUAUUUCUAGUCAUCAUCCCAUCUUCCGAGAGGAUUAAAGCGCUUGUCCGUAGUGGGUAAUUUGAGGUGUCCGGCCGCUAUUGGUUCCACCGUGGCUGUGAAACUUGAGGUGGAGCCAGGUGACGAGAGGGUUAGGUCCGAGGUGGCUCAAGGACAAGGAAAGUCAAGUUGGCACAUGAUGAGGCAAGACUGGGGCAUAGGCUCCUUUAGGUGCCAUAGUUGUGAUGGAACUGUCCUCUAGUGCUACCUAGGUGAUGGUACUUGGAUCCCAAGUGUGUGUGCUGGGAUUGCUAGUAUGGGGUUAUGACCAGGGCUGAGACUCUCCGUGGCUGUCAGCUGUGCGUUGUGGGUGUGCAUUACCGCUGAACAACACGAUGGAUGAUCAGGGAGUGGAGCGAUCGUCAUCGCCUUCGGGCAGUGAGGAACUGGAGAGUGAUGCAGAUAGCAAGCAUGAUGAUCAGGCAGAUGAUUUGAAGGAGUCGGAGGAGGAAAAUGAAGAGAAUGACAAAGAGGACGCAGACGAUUCGGACUCCGAUGACAGCGACGCCUCCGAAGAGGAGGGCUCGGAUAAUUCCCUUAAGUUUAGUGACAAUUGCAAGUCUGAAUCAGACGAAGUAAAGAAAUCUGAUAAAAAUUACAAAGAUACGGAAGGUACGCUGCACAGCCACGAGGGGUAUGGGAUGGACGCAGAGUGUUAUCCAAUGGCUGACUUGCCGCUGGAGGUGAUCACCACGGUGGAACCAACGAACUAUUCCUAUCCAGUUUUGAAGAAUAUGUCAAAUGGGGUGUUGACACACAGAAACAUUUUUACGGAGCACGAACGAUCUGUAUUGGUGAAUAUUAUUAACAAAUAUCGGAAUAUAGUCGAUACCCGAAGCCGCACCCGGGAGAUAUAUCUUGAGAAACAAAGUGUUUGGCAGCAGAUCGUGGAAGAAUACAACAGUACAGAAAAUAUCAUGGUGCGUACAGAGAAGGAACUGCGCAAGUGCUGGGACAACAUGAAAUACCGUGCCAAGCAAGCAGAAAAGGAGAUGUUCAAGGUACUCGACCGAGGUUUUGAUGGAGUUCAAGUGAAAACUGAGGUGCCGGAGUUUGAAGUAAAAAUGGAGCCACCAGACCAUGAUGACCGACAUUCUCCCACAGAUGAAGAAGAUAGCAAUGAACCAUCAGGUGCUGGUGAUGAUGAUAGGGAGCCUGCAUUAAAGAGAGCUCGUCAGGAAUCUCCUAAACUCUCCAGUCUCCUGAUGGCUGCUGCAAACAAACGCUCUCCAUCCAGAAAAGUCAAUGGAAGUAAAAAUGGCGGGGCUAUAAACAAGAAUAACAGUGGUAGUUUCCCAUACCAUAUACCUGCUUGCACUAAAGUCAUGCAUGUUAAAAAGAAAAAUCAUCCCCUCACCACUACUGCAUCAAUGAAUGUUGCCUCAGCAUCAGAGAUACCUAUAUUACCAAAGGGCUUGGCAUCUUGCCUCUCUAUAACAAACAUACCAAACCCAGGCAAUGCAACCAAUCAUAUCGGCGGGAACUUUGGAUCUCAUGCCAGAGAUUCGGUGUCUCCAGGCAGUUCUCCUAUUCAGGCUUCAAUGAAACCAAUGCCUAGCCUGAAGAAAAUGGUACCUAGUAAACUUCAGUCACAGGGCAUCAACAAAAACUCGAAUAUGCGUGGGUCCCGAAAAUCAAGUGCUCUUUCAUCCAAACUUAGGAGUCAGAAUUAUGUGUCUUCACAUAAUUGUGUAAAUUCAGGACAUAAUACAAACAUCUUAAAUAGUUCAGAUGCUCUCCAUUGCAUUGAAAAUUUGGCAUCAUCACUUACUGAUAAUGACAGUGACAGAAAUGAAAUUGGUGAAAGAUUACUCAAUACAAAGUUAGCAACUCAGCGCUUAGAAUUAGAGCGCCGUGAACACGAAGUCAAAAUGAAGCUACUUGAGAAAGAGCUUCAAGCACAGACUUAUCAGUCUCAGUACUGGUAUCUUAAAUUAAAACUAUUACGUAGUGGACGGGAAAAUGCUACUCUUAACUUGGGUGGUGCUACUAAUGGUGAUAUUGAUUAACUGGGCUUUUUAUUAGGUCAGGUUUAACUGUAGGUUGUGAGUUUGUGAUGUUUUUCUAUUAGUGAUUUUUGGAUAUGUUAAGAUCAAAACUUUGUAUUUAAUGGUUAGUCUUACAUCCUUAAUGGUUGGUAGUUUAUUUAUUGUGGUUGUUGGCUUCUUGGUAUUUUAAUUUUACUUCAUGAUGGUUGUGUUUAUUUCAGGUACAUGUAUGGCGAGUUACUUAGUUGUGGUUAAUAUGCAAAUUGAGUCCAAGAGAUAUACGUUGUUACCAAAUGUCUGUGUGACUUAGAACUGUGAAGUACAUUUAAUUAUUAAUAAAUCUGUUUUGUGUAUUUAAGGCAAAAUAAUCAUCAUAAUCUAAAUGAUUUAAAAUCCAUCAUGCUUAUGGUGAUAAAGAGUAACUGUCAGAGAUCUGACAUUAUAUCCACUUUGAAAAGCAUGACCACGUCUGUAAUGCCAUCAAUUAUCAUAUCAGUCAUUUGUUUAAGUUAUUGUAUUAUAUUAGAUGUACAUACUGGUACACUGUAUACUCACACAAUGUAGAAAAAAAGGGCAAAUGUAGCGUCCAAGUUUUGUUCAUAAGAAGUACAAUAGCCUUCAGGUACAGCUUGAAGGCCAUUCCUCCUCCUCAGGAGGUCUGGCUGUAAAAAUAAUUUCUUAACCCAAUGAUUGCAACUUCAUUUUUCUUUGUCUAUUCUCACUGAGAGUCAAUAUAGCCAAAAAAUUUAAUUUUGAAAAUCUUGCCUUACCUUACAUUUCUAAUAAGAGAAAAGGUAAAAUUAGUUUCGAUAAUGAAAAACUGUCAUUUUCUAUUAGAAAAUAUGGUCUAAUCAACACAACUAGGCUGCAUUCAUUCUCAAGACAUACUUAGUACUAUAAUAUUAUUAAGUAAUGGUAAUGUCUUCUCAGUCAUAACAACAGGAUAAAAACCCACACCUGUGGAUUUGUGAAAUUUAUGUAAAGAAUUUACACCAAGAAUUUUGCACUCUCCUGAAUGCUUUGUCAAGGUCUGAGUAUGUGAUUAUGACGAUACUUACAUCUCAACGUCUAAUAUGUAAGUCUGACGUCAAUCGUCGAGAUGUAAGUCUCGUCCUAAUCACAAACCAAACACUUCUAGUUUGGCAUAUUACCUUGACAAAGCACCUGGGAGAGUAAUUACCACUAAUUGCCAAGUGUGGUUACAGGAUGAGAACUACACUCAUGGUGUCCCUUGCUCCCAGCACUCUGUCAUAUAACGCUUUGAAACUACUGACAGUUUUGGCCUCCACCACCUUCUCAGCUAAUUUGUUCCAACCGUCCACCACUCUGUUUGUGAAAGUGAAUUUUCUUAUAUUUCUUCGGCAGCUUUGUUUAGUUAGUUUAAAUCUAUGACCUCUUGUUCUUGAAGUUUCAGGUCUCUGGAAUUUUUCCCUAUAAAUUUUAUUGAUUCCCAUUACUAUUUUGUACAUAGUGAUCAUAUCGCCUCUUUUUCUUCUAUCUUCUAGUUUGGCAUACAGGGUAUUUAAUGCCUCUAAUCUCUCCUCAUAGCUCUUGUCCUUCAAUUCUGGUA